GAUAGUGCUCUCUCCAUUCAUUUUUCAUCGACAGCGGCCGGCCAUUCUUUGCCGUGGAACAAUCACACAUACGCAGCAUCUAAUUUUUAGUCUAUAAUUUAGCAAUUUUUUCAACACGAAGAGCUGUAACUAUAAGCGUUCCUGCAAAAUGUGGUCCCGUCGCGGCAGAGAAAGUAGCUGGUUGCUACUGGUCCUGGCUGUGUGCAGUCUCGGCAUUCUGGUCCUGACGGAAUUGCCACGACCCCGGGGAGUUUCUAUUUCGCGAGCCAGUUUGUACCAGGUAGACAAUGGUGGCAAGUUUGUCUGCUUGGAUGGCCGAAAGACGAUCCGCUGGGAGCAAGUCAACGAUGACUACUGUGACUGUGCGGACGGAAGCGAUGAACCGGGGACGGCAGCCUGUACGAAUGGUGUUUUCCACUGCACAAAUGCGGGUUUCAAGCCGCUCAAUUUACCCAGCAGUCGGGUUAACGAUGGCAUUUGCGACUGCUGUGACGCUUCGGAUGAGUAUGCAUCCAGUGUGAACUGCAUCAAUACCUGCAGCGAACUGGGCAAAGAGGAUCGACUGCGGGAGAAACAGCGAACCGAAAUGGUCAAAAUGGGUAGCCAACUGAGAGCGGAAAUGAGCCAGCGGGGAAAGGCUAUGAAGGAAGAACAACGUCAACGCUUUACCGAAUUGGAACGCUCUAAAGCGGAGGCGGAAGCGCUUAGUAAGGAGAAGGCUACCAUCAUGGAAGACGCGGAAGCAUUGGAAAAUGCUGCCCUGAAGGUAUACCGCGAUCGAGAGGAGGAUGCUCGGCGUGCCAAGCAAGAAGCGGAAGCCGUAAGCAAUCGAGACGAAGCGGAAGAAGUGUUCCGCAAGUACGAUUCUAACCAAAAUCAGGUGGUGGAAAUCGUCGAACUGCAGACGCGCAUUGUGUUCGAUCGUAACCGGGAUGGUUCCGUAUCAGAGGAGGAAGCCCGUUUUUUUUUGGAUGAACACGAUCAGGUAGACUUCGAGACGUUUGUGACGUUAUGUUGGCCAAAAAUAAAACCGUUCCUGAUGCUUGAUUCGGGAUUAUUUAAACCACCAAGUGACGUGGAGGAGUUGGAAAAAGACGCUGGACCGUAUGAAACGGAGCAUGCGGAAUUACGCAAUGAGCAAGACGAUGGUUAUGAUUUGGAUGGAAGCGAACCAAAUCCUCCAUAUCAGGAUGAAGAGGGGACAGAACUUGAGCAGGAAGAGGAGGAAGAUGAUGAGGAAGGUUUAGACGAACCGGAGGUCGGAGAGGGACAAGUCGAAACGACGGCGACACCAAAACCAGAGUAUGAUGCUGAAACAGAGGAAUUGAUUCGUCAGGCUAAUAACGCUAGAAAUCAGCACACCGAAGCGGAGCGCCAUGUUCGCGAGAUUGUCACAGAGAUGAAAAACAUCGAAGACUUGCUCAACAAAGACUACGGCAAAGAUGAGGAGUUCGCUCCGCUCAAUGGGGAAUGCUUGAACUUUGAGGAUCGCGAAUACAUCUACAAACUUUGUCCAUUCGAUAAGGCCAUCCAGCAACCAAAGAAUGGUGGCGCAGAAACCAGAUUGGGUGUCUGGGAUAAGUGGGCAAACGCCGAGUACACUGCCAUGCAUUAUAACAACGGCGCAACUUGCUGGAACGGACCGGCCCGAUCCGCUUUUGUCCAUCUGGAGUGUGGACUCGACACCAGAAUCCUUUUCGUGACUGAACCGAACCGGUGCGAAUACGAGUAUCGCAUCCAGACACCAGCGGCCUGCUCGUUCAAGGAGAACAGCAAGGACCAGCACGACGAGCUGUAGGAACUGACCGAGCGCCGAUAGUAUAGAUCAGAUUUUUUUUUUAUCCUCAUUUUUAAACAUUGUCAUCGUGAUUGAUUAGGAUUUGAUUUAACGAAAAAGCAGGAGAAAGUAUUAAAUACUAGACGAAAUUUCCUUAAGUGGAAAAUAAUUGGCAAAAACUGAUAAUUUAGGAAGCAGACAAUUCGAAUAAAAAAAGUGGUUAGACUCAGGAAAACAGUUAUAUGAGUGCAGGUGUAGUUGUAUAUUUUUGAACAAAUUUUGAUACACAUUCCUCUAUUUGAUAGGUUCGCCUUUUUGGGCCCGAGCGAAGCAACAGUUUCAGUGUGAAGGGCACCAGUUGAAAUAUCAACCGAAGAAUGAUUGUUUAGUUUUCGAAAUGGCAUUGAUAAAUCUACUUUCUGAUGUUGUGUUUAUGUGUGAAUAAUAAUAAAGAAAACAACAACUACAACGAA